CAACUCUCGGUUAGUAUCGUUAAUACAAUAUAACUCUUUUGCUACCUAAUUCAUGUUUGAUUCCACGAUGCAACGAAUUGCAACUAUCGCAGCGUUUGCGGUAACCUGCAUUGCUUUGCAUUCUGGACAAACCCGAUACGAAUAUUACACAAAUAACACUCUGCUACCAAUACCUGAUAUCUUUAGUCCUAUAAAGCUCAACGGCAUCCCUAUUAGCACCAAGGUGCUCCAUCCGUCUUCUGCAAAUGGGGCAAUUCAUUUGCUCAAAGAUGGUCAUCACUUUGAUCAUGAAGAUUGGGCUCUCUCUGGGAGAAAUGGCAUUUCCUGGGAGUAUCGACCUGACUUGAAGCACGAUCGGGCAAAAAGGGCUGGCACUGCCCAAGGCUUCUAUAAUUUUGAGGGGUCUGAUGGCUUUUGCACACAAUAA